CCUCCCGGGAAGGAGAUGGAGCAGCUUCUCUGCAUGCAGCUGAAGUUGCCAAUCUGCGCAUGGCUGCACCCCUUACCAAAAAUAACCGCAGCGGCGUGCGCGCGUGUGUGCGUGAUCUCGGGCCAUGUCUUCGAGUUCGUCCUGGGAGCGCUCUAAUAAUAGAGGAAACCGCCCGCGCCCAUAAGACCCCCUUUUGUUGCAUUUUUAACCACAUAUCGUAACGAAAUGGUCAUCAAAGUUUUCCUCGCCUCCUCCUCUGGAUCCACGGCGAUCAAGAAGAAACAGCAAGAUGUGGUUUCAUUCUUGGACGCUCUGAAGGUGGAUUACACAGAGCUGGACAUCGCCUGCAAUGAACAGAACCGCAUGUGGAUGAGGCAAAAUGUCCCAGAGGAGAAAAAGCCUCCCAACGGCAUCCCCCUCCCUCCUCAAAUUUUUAAUGAAGAGAGCUACUGUGGGGAUUAUGACACCUUCUUUGAUGCUAAAGAAGACAACGCAGUGUACACCUUUCUAGGCCUGCCUCCCCCACCUGGGUCAAAGGAAGCAGAGCAGGCUGACAAGGAGCUCAACGGAACUCUGGAAGAACAUCCAGACGACGCAGCAGAGGUUCCUGUGGAGGAGCGGAACGGGGGUUCACACAGAGAGGAGGAGGAGGAGGAGGAAGGACAGGCAGAAGGUGAGAGUGGUCAGGCAGAUGAUGAGGAGACGGAAGGAGACACGCCCCCUGCAGAAGAGGAGGAUGAGGAAGAGGCUGAGGGGGAAGAAGACCAUAAUGAGGAGGCACAAGCAGAGGAGGAGGAAGAUCAGGAACGAGAGGAUUUGCAGUCCGAGGAGGAGGAAGAGCUUCAGCAGCUUGAGGAAGAGGAGGACGCAGAGGAGCAAGAGGAGGACGAGGCGGAGUAGUUUAAGAAUCUUGGUUGAAGAUGAAAACUGACUACUGUCCAGCUUGAAGCAUCUCCCCGCUCCACCUCUUCAUAACCCCAGCCUCGUGACCCCCCCCAAACCAAUGGACAGCUCCGCCCUGAUGCUGCGCUGGACACGUCUGGAAACCGCUGGCCAUGUGCUUGAAGUCCUAAUUUGACCCACCACUGUCCCCUUUUUGACUAUUUUUAUAUUGUAUGCUUUAGGACCUGAUCCAAAAAUGGUGUAGCGUAGUUUUUUGUAAAAAGGCACAGUCGCAUUUAAACACAUCUUGCAGGGUUUUUCUCUUCUAGAAAACCUAGUUUUCUAACACAAAGAGGGAGUGACCUUUUCAAAAAAAAAAAAAAAGUCAUGCACUGAAAUAGCUUAGCCUGUGGCUCCUGACUACAGUACUCGCUCUGGUUACAGUUCUGCUGUUUUACACCACCGUGGUGCCUCGCGGACUCCUUUUAUCAGCUGAAUGUAGAAAUGCCAACUAUAACAGCCUCUGGAGAAAGGAGAGAAGCUCUUGCUGUGAUAUUGAGAACUACCUUACUACAAGUCCAGUGCUGCUGUCUGAAAAAUUGCACUUUGUUGAACAAAGACUGAAACAGGGCUGUAACUGAAAUAAAGCAGACAUAAAAACAGA